AUGGGUCAAGUGAGAAUUUUUGAUUUAAAAAAUAAUUUACUUGAUUAUGAUUAUUUUAACAAGAAUUUGGCAUAUUUGACAGACAGUUUUUUAAUUAUUGGUGAUUUUAAAUUACCUGUUGAAGAGUUUGAAUAUGUAUUCACAACUACAAUUAAUUAUAGUAUUGGUCUUUUAUUAUUAAAUCGUUCUGGUAGAGUUGCGUUUGUUUGUAGUCAAUAA